AGGUGGUUUCUUUUCGCUGAAGAAGUGUCCUGUGACCGCACGUUAGAGAAAUGACAGGUAUGUGUAUUGUAUGAGGGCAGGAGGUAAUUGGGGCGAAUAGGAGCUAUAAUGUCGGGUUUGUUAGCCAGGGUUUUGUUUUAUCCCACACUCGCUUACAACGUGGUGCUGGAGAAAGUCUCGUCUCGGCGGUGGUUUGAUCGCGUGGACCAGACUGUCAUCCUCGGAGCUCUGCCUUUCAAGUCCAUGACUACAGAGUUGGUUGAAGUGGAAAAUGUUCGAGGGGUGGUAACGAUGAACGAAGAAUAUGAGACAAAUUAUUUUUGCAAUUCAUUAGAGGAUUGGCGAGCAGAAGGCGUGGAACAGAUCCGGCUCAGCACGGUGGAUCUGACAGGAGUUCCCAGCCUGGAACACAUCCACCGUGGAGUCGAGUUCGUUCUUAAACACCGUGAUCAGGGAACCAGCGUCUACAUCCACUGCAAAGCUGGACGUUCUCGCAGUGCCACUCUGGCUGCCGCAUACCUCAUCAGGAUCCACUGCUGGAGCCCAGAACAGGCCUGUACCAUGUUGGCAGAGAUCCGGCCGCACGUCCUAAUUCGCUCUGCACAGCGUGACAUGCUGGACAAGUAUCACCAACAAGUGUGUGGACCAGAAUCACGCCAUGUAUAACACAAAGACCCGUCUUCCUGUGGUUUAGCUGGUGGUUUGUUUUUUUUUUUUUUUGCAUUUUUUAAAUAUAAAACUAUGUGCAUUUCUGCUCAUUUGUGACUUUCUUUUUUCACAUGCAAAAAAAGAAAGAUGGCUGUACAUGUUUUUUUUUUUUGUACUUGUAUAUCGAAACAAUUAAAUCUUUUAAACCAAGUUUCGCUGUGUCCCACGCUUCGCAUCUAAUUUGCAUAUUACAGAUUUUUUUCUCAGUUGCUUUGGCAAUCUGCCUUCACAAUCUGUCAUCACUUGUGCACACAGUGUGUAAUAAAAUCUAUUUCUUGUUGCUUUGAA